AUGCAGCUCGAGGAAAUAAAAGGCCUGCUAAGUCCAGAGGAGAUCGUCCUCCCCGAAUCGCCGGAAUAUGACGAUCAAUCCCGGACCUGGGCUGCGCAAUGGAACAAGAAGCCUCGUCUUGUAGUCAAGCCAAAGGAUUUGGGAACUCUGAGCACCCUCAUUGAGCAUCUGAAUAAGUCAGAUCUUGACAUUGCUGUCCGAUGCACCGGUAUUGGGAAUGCCUCUGCAAAGGACAUUCUUGUCUCCUUGUCUGCCUUCAAGUCAUUUUCUUUCAGUCCAGAAGAUGAGACAAUCACCUUUGGCGCUGGUCAUGACUGGGGCGAGAUUGAUCGCAAGGUCGAAGAGCAAGCGCCGGGCUAUGCUGCUGUUGGUGCAAGAUGCACGUACGUUGGAGUAGGAGGCUCAAUUCUCCAUGGAGGUCAGAGCUGGCUGAGUUCAGAAUAUGGUCUUGCCAGUGACCCGCAAAAUCUGCUUGAUGCUCAGGUGGUCAAGAUGGAUGGCAGCAUCAUCUGGGCCAGCGAAGAGCCGGACCUUCUCUGGGCAUUAAGGGGUGGCGGAGGAGAAUUUGCUGUCGUGACUGCGUUCAAGAUGAGGGUUUAUAAGUACCCCUCGUUAAUAUACUGCGGUCAGAUCAUUUAUCCUGCUGAGGCACUCCAAGAUGUGGCUCGAGAGGUUGCUGCAUUCUGCUCACGGUGUUCUGACCCCCGGCUGGCGCUGCAUUUGUUUUGCUUGAACCUGAGCAUCGGCGCAUACGUUGGCAACGAGCCCAAUCCAGGCCUGGCAAUAUUUGUGUACGAUGCUCGUGGUGAAGAACAUGGGAGAAGCGAACAUGGCUUCAAGUGGGCGCUCGAUAUCAAGGGCGCUAUGGACAUGACCACGUCUUUGAACCUUCGAGGGGUCAACCAGCAGUUUGACAGUCUGAAGGCUACAAUGGGUAUUACAAACACCUGGCAAUGCGGGGCUACCCUGUUUGCAAUCGACGAAGAGUUGAUAUUGCGGACCUGGAAAUGGUACCUUGAUCUUCUGGAGAAGGACCCAGGGCUGGCCCGGAGCACAUACGUACUGGUCGAAGUGAUGCAAAAGGCGGCGUACCAAUCUCUGGGCUAUCCUAGCAAGGAAACUGCAUGGCCCCAUACGCGGAACCAACAUAAUCUUCAGCUGGGUGCAGGUAGAGUGCCUGGAUCCGGGGAAGGAGACGCGUUGGCUCACGGGGCGAUGGCAGAAGGACCAUAUGAGAUUGAUCCCAGACAUACCAAGGCCGAUUACUUUCCAAACUUCGUGGAUGACUAUGUCGACGUAAAAGAGGUCUUUGGCGUGAAUUGGACUAGACUCGUUGAGCUCAAGAAAAAAUACGACCCUCAUAACAAGCUUGGUGUUGUCUUUGCCAACCAAUAGCUCUGGGCUGUCGAAGCAAGUCGUGUUUGUAGCAAGCUCGCAAGGUGCCGGCUGUCGUCUUUUGGAGAAAAAUGUCAUAGAAACGCC